UGACGAUUCAAGGUAACUCAUGUUGAUUUUUUAUUAAAAAAACAGUCUAAAUUCUAGUUUUUGAUCGAAAUUUAAGCAACAUAUGAAAAAUAGAAAUUAUUAUAUGAAUCAAAUGGAACAUGGACAGAACAGGCGUAGAAAACCUUUACCAACAGAGCCCCCAUUCACAGCAUAUGUGGGAAACCUGCCCGAUGGAUUGGUGCAAGGAGACGUGAAUAAAAUAUUCAAUAACCUGAAUAUUAAAAAUAUUCGAUUAGUUAUGGACCGUGAGACUGACCAAUUCAAAGGAUUUUGUUAUGUUGAAUUUGCAACCUUAGAAGAUCUUGAAGAGGCACUUAAAAAAAAUGAAUUGAUAAAAGUUGAACAAAACCUAAUUCGGAUUGAUAUUGCUGAUGUCAAACGCAAUGAAAGGGGUGGUGGAUUUGAUAGGGGCCGUGGAGGACGAGGUGGUGGUGGAGGUUUCAGAGGUGGCAGACAAGGACCUCCUAGCCAUGGUGGUGAUAAUCCUAGAGGCAUGUUUGAUGAAUUUACAAGUGGAUUUGAUCGUGGAAACCGAAAUAACAGAGGCGGUUAUUCAGAUCGAGGACAAAGUAGAGGUAAAUUCAGUGACUUUGGAGGAAAUGAUAACUGGAACCGUGGUGGGCGUGAUGGCGGUUUUGGUGGUCGUUCAGAUGGUGGCUAUGGUGGCUCAAAACCUCGUGAUGGUCAAAGAGAACGAAGAUCAAAUUUUGAUGAUUUGCCUAGUUCUAUGCCAGACACAACUGGAAGGCCAAAAUUAAACCUUAAACCAAGAACAGUUACAGCUCCUGUUAAUGCUUUAGCUGAAACAAGUCAAACUUCAUCAAUAUUUGGUGGUGCUAAACCACGGGAAGAACCCACUGAGAAAUAAGUUAUCAAGUUUUAACAUUAAUUAUUAACCACCAUAUAGAAUACCAUCUUGAAUCAUGUAAUAAUUUUUCGAUUAAAAAUUCUGCAAAACUCAUAACAGGCGUCGAUAAUCUUACUCUUGCAA